AUGGCCACACAACGCGAGCUUUCGCCUGCGUCGGUGGGCUGUGACUUCGCAGCUUCUUCGUGGCCUUCCGAUCACAGCGAACCUGACUUGCAAUACGCACAAUCAGACACCAGCACCGACGAGGGAGAGACCGCCGUGAUGAGGCUUGUUGGAAGGGCGGCCACUCUUCGUCCGCCUCCGCGGCUUCGCAACGAGAGCUUCCUUCGCUCAACCUUUGCAAGGGCGAAGGAAUUCGGCAGCCAGGCAUUGCACGUCGUUUUAGACCGCAGGGUGCAGCAGGGGGCGGCGGCCGGUGCGCUGUCCUGCGGCGCCUGGGGCGGCUUCUGGGGACUCUGCAACGGCUCCGUCAUCGGAUGUUCAGUCGGUUUGAUGGCAGCUCCCUUCACCCUAGGCUUUUCGGUCCCAGUUCUUACCUCCAUGAUGGCCUGGACCGGCCUGGUUGUGGGCUCUUCGGCUGGGGUGGGGGCCGGCUUGGUUGGCGGUGGCUGUGCAGGUUACCUGUACAGUGUGCACAACACAGAGCAGCGAAGGCCGCGGGCACGGAGACGCCAGCAGCGGCAGCGCAUGCUACAGUGA